AUGAUAAUUUGGAUGGCAUUUCUACAUAAAUAUACGGAACUUAAAUGGGGCACUUAUACGUAUAUAUUCUCAGUACCUAGCUCCGUUAUAAGCCAGUGUAUUAAUGCCAACUCUUCGCCCAUAUCGCCAGAAGAUAAGGAG